GUGAUGGCGAGCGGGCGAGCCGGGCUCGGCUCCAGCUGAUCCAUGGACUUUCCUCCCGACCGGGCAGCUGUCCUGUCACCUGGACGGGACGAGCGGAGCGGUUCUAACCUCCUAAACUAACCAGCACAGAGCCCUGCAGAGACGGGUGCAGAGACGGGUGCAGAGACGGGUGCAGAGACGGGUGCAGAGACGGGUGCAGAGACGGGUGCAGAGACGGGUGCAGAGACGGGUGCAGAGACGGGUGCAGAGACGGGUGCAGAGACGGGUGCAGGGACCGGAGCAGAGACCGGAGCAGAGACCGGAGCAGAUGGAGCUGUCUGUCAGGGAGCGGCUGGCGGAGCUGGUGGAGCAGCUGACCACGUCUGGACGGCCUCAGCUGGACCAGGACCAGAUGAAGGAGCUGAAGAAGAUCUGCAGAGGGUCCGACUCGUGCAUAGACCACAUGUACCAUUUGCUGAUGACCCAGCUGGACCAGGACCACGCUGAGAUCCGGCUGUCUGCCUUCCAGGUAGCCAGUGAGCUCUUCACCAGGUCCCACCACUUCAGGACUCUGCUGGUGGACAACUUCCAGGAGUUCUUGGAGCUGACGGUGGAGACGGAUGCAGAUCAGCCCCUCCCUCCUCCUAAAGAAGUAGCAAAGAAACUGAAGUCCCUGGCCAUCCAGACUGUCAAGUCGUGGCAGACCUCCUACGGCUCCGCAUACAAGAAGUUAGCACUCGGUUACCACUUCCUGAAACAGGUUAAGAAGGUGGACUUCCAGGAUGCUGAAGCCAGGACGGUGGCUGAGAGGAGGAGAGACGAGGAGAGACAGAGUAGGAUGGAGAGGAUCUACAAGGCAAGAUUGGAGGCAGCAGCUAAAGAUAUGGAAGAGUCGUACCAGGAGAUAGAGUCGACGCUGACAGAGAUGGAGUCCUGCAUGAAGCUCCUCUUCCCUGACUUUGGCCCCCAGACAGCCGCCGAGGGUCCAUCAGAUGACGAGCAGCCCUGCUGCAGCAAAAACCUGAAGGCCAGCAGUGAAGAGGGAAGGGUACGCAUGAGCCUGGAUGAAAAGAAGAGCACAGGAAAGGAAAUGAAAGGAGACGGGAAGAUGAGCGAUACAGAGGAAGAGGAAAAAUGCUCUGAAGAUGAGAGGAGAGCAGACCAGAAGAAAAGAGAUGGAGACCAACAAGAGGGGGAGAGAGAGGUGGAGACUGUGCAGGGGAAAGGAGAGCAUGAAGAAGACGAGGAGGAGGCAGAAGGAAGCAGUGAGGAAGACGAGGAUGAGGCAGGAGGAAGCAGUGAAGAAGACGAGGAGGAGUGUGCUGAUGAGCACUUGUUUAUUAGGAACUCUGGGCUCAUCUCUCACUCCUACAGUCUGGACCUGGACAUCAGUCCUGGUCUUCAAGUUACAGAGACAGAAGACAACGAGCCAGUGGUUUCCAUGGUGAUAGAGCUUCACAAGCUCAUAACAACCAAACACCUGCCAGCGGUGCAGAGCUGGGUCCAAGUCUUCACCAAGGCGCACGCUGAAGAGCAUGUGUUGAGGAGAGCGCUGGACCUGAAGAAGUCUUUGGAAGCUGCCCUGCAGAAACACAAAGAGCUGCACAUCGACUACCAGUCUGGAAGAAUCUGCAGAGUGACGAAGGCCGGCUCCGACGGAGAGGAGGAGGACGACGACUUUGAUGAGGUUCCAGAGAAGGAAGGCUUUGAGCCGCACAUUCCUGAACAUCUGCGAGCCGAGUACGGUCUGGAUCCGUCUCCUUCCACCUCCAAAGCCCAAGUGGCUCCUCCAACUAAAAGGCCGGCAGCUCCUCCCCCUCCCCCCACCUCAUCAUCACACCUGAGGAGGAUGAAGAGACUGAUGGAGGAGGAGCAGGAUCCAACCUCCGCCGCCGCCACGCUGCGCCUCCUCAAGGGAAAGAUCCCUCCGCCUCCCGGACCAAGCAGCUCUGCUGGUCCCAGGCCGUCGCGGUCCGGUCCGGAGGAGAAGACUGAGGUUCCGGUGGUUCCGUUCGGGCUGGACCUGUACUACUGGGGGAAGGAGCAGCCCAACGCCGGCAAGAUCAUCAAGUCGACCUCCCAGCAUCAGUUCUGGGUCCCUGCAGAGGUGGAGGAGGAGGUGGAGAACCAGGACCUGUUAGCAGAGAGCAAGAGCAGAUACAUCUCCUUUCCUGGGAGGUUUGUUCCCGUCAGCCACUCCUGCAGAGCCCCGCUGGGGAACGGGAAGCUGUGCCCACGCCAGGACCGGCUCAAGUGUCCGUUCCACGGCCAGAUCGUGCCCCGGGACGCGGAAGGCCGACCCUGCAGGGAGGAGGACCGACGGAGGGAGGAGCGGGAGGAGAGGAAGAGGAGAGAGGAGCAGCCCGAGUGGCACGACGCCGAGCUGAUGCGCGACAUCGAAGCGGCGACGGGAGAGGACCUGGGCUCCAGUCGGAUCACCGGGAAAAAACGGAAAGGCAAGAAGAAGAAAUACCCCAACCUGAGUGACCUGAAGCAGAGCAGCAACACGGCCCGCUCCCGGCUGCAGAAGAAAGUCUUCAACAAGAAAACCGUGGCCAGAAUUGCUCAGGUGAUGAGUAAAGUGGACAAGAGAAAACAUGACAAGUUCUCCAACCAGUUCAACUACGCCAUCAACUGAUGGCCAGCGGGCCGGGCCUGUGACGUGCUGCCCCCUCAGGCCGCUGGGAGCUGGUGCAGAUCCUGGUGCAGAUCCUGGUUCUGGUGCAGAUCCUGGUUCUGGUGCAGCCCCUAGUUCUCCUCAUCGCUGCAGCAGAGACGCAGCAGCAACACGGCUGGGGACCGCACCAGUUUACCUGCACACCAGUUUACCUGCACACCAGUUUACCUGCACACCAGUUUACCUGCACACCCGACUCGGGUUAUGUGGCCUUGUGAGCUGCAUAAAAGACAUCUGGUUUUACAUAGAAUUCAUUCUACAGAAGAGUAUCAGGGCCAUGCAGGAGAAAAAAUAUUUGAGAGGGAGAGAUUUUUUUUUAUUGUGCACUUCGAGAAAAAAGUCGAAAUGUCGAGAAAAAAAGUUGAAAUGUCGAAAUUAAAGUUGAAAUACAAUUUCAACAAUAAAGUUCAAAUUUUGAGAAUAAAGUUGAAAUACAAUUUGGUGAAUAAAGUGUAAAUGUCUCCUCUGGUCCAUCAAAUCCAGUUAGGAGAGACUGACAGCUCUGCAGCAGCAGCUGUAACUAACUAACUAACUAACUAACUUACAUCCUUGGAGUGGAACGUUAAAGGGACGUUUCUGAAGUCAUGCAACCGCAUAUGUGUGAUAUGUGUUUCAAUUCAAUAUCGUAAAGCAAAUUCGACAUUAUUCUUGAAAUUUCGACUUUUUUCUCGAAAUUUUACUUCAACAUUAUUCUUGAAAUUUCGACUUUUUCUCAACAUUUCGACUUUUUUCUCAAAGUGCAUAAUGAAAAAAAGAUCUUCCUCCUCUAAAAUAUUCUUUUUAUUCUUCUCCUGCCUGGCCCUAAUACUCUUCCGUAUCAUUCAUACUACAUGAAAUGGUGAAUAAAUCCUGAAAACACCGACUUGCAGCACUUCCCGGAGCAGCUGAGGAGUUUCCUCUUCCAGGCCCAACAGUCCUGAUGUUUAUCCAGAACCAGCACAGACAGACCUUUCUCCUGUCGUCCACGUCUUUAGGCUCAGUAUGGCCUUCUUCCUCCGUUAUCCUGUUUUUAUGACUAAUUCUAUUUCUUUCAUUGAUAUUGUGUCGUGUUCAUUUGCGUAAUAAAACUUUUUUUUCUCA